CGCCACUCACACGCCAGAGACGCUCUUUCUUUCAGUUCUAGGGUUUUACCUUCACAGCACCUCCGGGAAAGUGGAAACCCUUCAGCAAUGUUUCUCUACAGCCUCACCCUUCAACGCGCCACCGGCUUGGUGUGCGCCAUCAACGGCAACUUCUCCGGAGGCAAAGUCCAAGAAAUCGUAGUCGCUCGCGGGAAAAUCCUCGAUCUCCUUCGACCCGACGACAACGGUAAACUCCAAACUCUAUUAUCUGUAGAAAUCUUCGGUGCUAUUCGUUCUUUAGCUCAGUUUCGCCUUACUGGUGCUCAAAAGGACUACAUUGUUGUCGGUUCGGAUUCUGGAAGGAUUGUAAUUCUUGAAUACAACAAAGAGAAGAACAAUUUCGAUAAAAUUCAUCAGGAAACUUUUGGUAAAUCUGGUUGCCGUAGGAUUGUGCCUGGGCAGUAUGUAGCUAUUGACCCCAAAGGCAGGGCUGCCAUGGUUGGGGCCUGUGAGAAGCAGAAGUUAGUGUACGUAUUAAACAGGGACACUGCUGCUAGGUUGACAAUAUCGUCGCCGUUAGAGGCGCAUAAGAGUCAUACCAUUACUUAUUCUAUAUGUGGCGUUGACUGUGGUUUUGAUAACCCUAUAUUUGCUGCUAUUGAGUUGGACUAUUCUGAAGCCGACCAGGAUCCUUCUGGUCAAGCAGCAACUGAAGCACAAAAGCACUUGACGUUUUAUGAGUUGGAUUUAGGUCUCAAUCAUGUUUCGAGGAAAUGGUCAGAUCAGGUAGAUAAUGGUGCCAAUAUGCUUGUGACUGUCCCUGGAGGUGGGGAUGGUCCCAGUGGGGUGCUUGUUUGUGCCGAGAAUUUUGUCAUAUACAAGAAUCAGGGCCACCCUGAUAUUCGUGCAGUGAUUCCUAGGAGGGCAGAUUUGCCAGCUGAGCGUGGCGUGUUGAUUGUGUCUGCUGCUAUGCAUAAGCAGAAGUCCAUGUUUUUCUUUUUGUUGCAAACAGAAUAUGGUGAUAUCUUCAAGGUCACGUUGGAUCAUGACAAUGAUAGGGUGAAGGAGUUGAAGAUCAAGUAUUUCGAUACUAUUCCAGUCACGUGUUCAUUGUGUGUUUUGAAAUCAGGAUUUCUUUUUGCGGCCUCUGAGUUUGGAAAUCAUGCUUUGUAUCAGUUUCAAGCAAUAGGAGAAGAUCCUGAUGUGGAAGCCUCAUCUGCUACAUUGAUGGAAACUGAUGAGGGUUUUCAACCUGUAUUUUUUCAACCUAGGAAGCUGAAAAACCUUGUUAGAAUUGACCAGGUGGAGAGCUUGAUGCCCAUGAUGGAUCUAAAAAUCGUAAAUCUCUUUGAGGAAGAAACACCCCAGAUAUUUGCACUCUGUGGUCGUGGACCGCGUUCAACAUUACGCAUUCUACGACCGGGGUUGGCUAUCAGUGAAAUGGCAGUCUCACAGCUUCCAGGUGUUCCAAAUGCGGUGUGGACGGUGAAAAAGAAUUUCAAUGAUGAAUUUGAUGCUUACAUUGUCGUCUCGUUUACUAAUGCUACUCUUGUCCUUUCAAUUGGUGAGACAAUUGAAGAAGUUAGUGACAGUGGAUUUCUUGAUACCACACCCUCUCUUUCUGUUUCUUUGAUUGGGGAUGACUCUUUGAUGCAAGUUCACCCUAGUGGAAUAAGGCAUAUUAGAGAAGAUGGGCGUGUCAAUGAAUGGAGAACACCGGGGAAGAGAACAAUAGUUAAGGUUGGGUCUAACAGACUCCAAGUUGUAAUUGCCCUUAGUGGUGGCGAACUCAUUUAUUUUGAGAUGGACAUGACUGGCCAAUUAAUGGAGGUUGAGAAGCAUGAAAUGUCUGGAGAUGUUGCUUGUUUGGACAUUGCCCCUGUACCUGAAGGAAGACAAAGGUCACGUUUCCUUGCAGUUGGAUCAUUUGACAAUACUAUUCGUAUCAUUUCGUUGGAUCCUGAUGACUGCAUGCAGGUUCUCAGCAUGCAUAGUGUAUCUUCACCCCCAGAAUCUCUUCUGUUUCUCGAAGUUCAGGCUUCUGUUGGCGGGGAAGAUGGUGCUGAUCACCCUGCCAAUCUGUUUUUGAAUGCGGGUUUACAAAAUGGGGUGCUUUUUAGAACAGUGGUGGAUAUGGUGACUGGUCAGGUCUCCGAUGCUCGGUCUCGGUUCUUAGGACUUCGGGCCCCCAAGCUUUUCUCAAUUAUUGUUAGAGGGCGUCGUGCUAUGCUUUGCUUAUCUAGCAGACCUUGGCUUGGUUACAUUCAUCAAGGUCAUUUCCUCUUGACACCUCUUUCAUAUGAAACACUUGAGUUUGCAGCCUCCUUUUCCUCUGAUCAGUGUGCAGAAGGUGUAGUUGCUGUUGCUGGGGAUGCUUUGAGGGUGUUUACUAUUGAGAGAUUGGGAGAAACCUUCAAUGAAACUACUAUCCCUCUGAGGUACACUCCUCGGAAAUUCGUUCUCCAACCUAAGAGGAAAUUGUUGGUGAUUAUCGAAAGUGAUCAAGGAGCUUUUAGUGCUGAGGAGCGUGAAGCUACAAAAAAAGAGUGCUUUGAGGCUGCUGGAAUGGCAGAAAAUGGAAAUGCUGAACAGAUGGAGAAUGGUGGCGAGGAAGAAGAGAAUGAUCCCCUGUCUGAUGAGCAGUAUGGCUAUCCCAAAGCAGAAUCGGAUAAGUGGGUGUCUUGUAUCAGAGUCCUUGAUCCACGGACGACCCAAACUUCUUGUCUGUUAGAGCUUCAGGACAAUGAAGCAGCUUUCAGCAUUUGCACUGUGAAUUUUCAUGAUAAGGAGUACGGAACGCUGUUAGCUGUGGGUACGGCAAAAGGUCUCAGGUACUGGCCAAAACGAGCCUUUGAUGCCGCGUAUAUUCAUAUAUAUAGGUUCAAAGAAGAUGGGAAGGUCCUUGAGCUUUUACACAAGACUCAAGUAGAAGGUAUUCCCCUUGCGCUAUGUCAGUUUCAGGGAAGGUUAUUAGCUGGUAUAGGACCUGUUCUUCGACUCUAUGAUCUGGGAAAGAGAAGAUUACUCAGGAAAUGUGAGAAUAAGUUGUUCCCAAAUACGAUAACCUCUAUCCAUACAUACCGCGACAGGAUAUAUGUUGGUGACAUUCAAGAGUCGUUUCAUUACUGCAAGUAUAGGCGCGAUGAAAAUCAGCUUUACAUAUUUGCUGAUGAUACUGUGCCGCGGUGGUUAACCUGUGCAAGCCACAUAGACUUUGAUACCAUGGCAGGAGCCGACAAAUUCGGAAAUGUAUAUUUUGUGCGGUUACCGCAAGAUGUAUCUGAUGAAAUUGAAGAAGAUCCCACUGGUGGCAAAAUAAAGUGGGAGCAAGGCAAACUGAAUGGCGCUCCUAACAAGGUCGAGGAAAUUGUGCAGUUUCAUGUUGGAGAUGUGGUCAGUUGCUUGCAGAAGGCUUCUCUAAUCCCUAGUGGUGGAGAGGGCAUCAUUUAUGGGACUGUCAUGGGAAGUGUGGGAGCAAUGCUUCCAUUCACAUCUCGUGACGAUGUCGACUUCUUCUCACACUUAGAAAUGCAUUUGAGACAGGAACAUCCACCUCUUUGUGGCAGAGAUCAUAUGGCCUAUCGAUCUGCCUAUUUCCCUGUGAAGGAUGUGAUUGAUGGAGACUUAUGUGAGCAAUUCCCCACCUUGCCUGUCGAUAUGCAGAGGAAAAUUGCUGAUGAAUUGGACAGGACACCAGCAGAGAUUGUGAAAAAGCUUGAAGAAAUUAGGAACAAAAUCAUUUGAGUUUAGUAUAUCAGAGUUUUAAGCGCAGUGGGGUGUGUCAUUGUUAUGUGUAGAAGUGGUAGAUUGGUGAGUGUUCGUAAAGAAUGAGGGUGGUUUGGCUUGAGAUGGCUCACAAAAUCUGGUUCAACAAGUUAAGCAUGGAGGAAAGGAAGCACUUUGCAUUACGAUGUCGAAUAUUUCCAGAUGUUAGAGGGAGAUUUGAGUUGUUAACCCGUAUAUCUAUGAAAAUCUAAGCAUGUUUGAAAGCGGCUGAUUAGGUUAAAUCUAGCACGCAGUAGAGAGCUUUUAGUUGUAAUUAUGAAGUAGCAGAAUUUGGUCUUUUCUGUUAAUUGCGCUCUAGUAACAACAAAUUGCUAUGUAUCGGUGCUUCAAACAGAUUUUGUAGAAUGUAGAUCAUCGUAGUUGAUACUAAUGCAACAAUGGGUUUCUGCGGUUGUUCUAUCAGUUUUAGACUGAAUUGUUCUUGCCCACUGAAAUCUGGAAUUUUCAUUAUUUUGCCUCGCGCUUUCGAGGGACAAUUGCUUCACCAACUCGAUCUACCCAAGUAAAC